AUGGACGCCGACUACCACCAUGUGGUCGACAACUGCGAGGAAGCAUGGACAGCGUGGACGCGUCUGAAGAUGCUCUAUGGCGGGUCGCAGAAGGCGGGACGCAUCUACCUCAAGCGCCAACUUUUCAGCAUCAAGAUGGCGGAAGGCGCCAACGUCUUGCACCAUUGCAACGAAGUCUUGAACAUCGGCGCCAAGCUCAGCAGCAUCGGUGCCAAGAUGGAAGACGAAGACAUUGCGAUUUGUUUGCUGCUCAGUAUCCCGAAGAGUUACGAGAACCGACAAGGCGAAAAGGUGACAACGACAACGACUACGGUGAAGACUGAAGAUGCAAGCAAGGCAUUCAGUACCGAGCGCAAGCCCUACCAAUGCACAUACUGCGGCAAGGUGGGGCACACGGUGGAGCGUUGCUGGACGAAGCAGAAGGACGAAGGUCGGGGAGCCCAACGCGGCGGCAAUGGUCGUCGACGCGGGUCAAACAAUGUCCACUGGCGACAUCAUGAUGAAGGCAACAGCUACGAUCGAGUGGCGUUUGCAGUUUCGUUCGAAUGCGGAGUUUCGACGAGCAAGGACGGGCCUGGAAUGUGGGCCGUUGACAGUGGGGCAACACAUCACAUCUGCCACGACAAGUUCAAGUUUGCAAGCUUGGCAGAGCGCAAUGAUGGCGAAAUUUUGGUUGCUGAUGGCAACAAGGCCGACAUCAAGGGUGUGGGAACCAUCGUGGAAAAGGUGAUUCUGCCAAACGGGGAAGAGCGCGAGAUCGAGAUCAAGAACGCGCUCUAUGUGCCAAGCAUGAGCAAAAACCUUCUCUCGGUGCCACAGAUUAACAGCCAUGGCAACUUCCAAGUGGUGUUUGACGGGUCUAAGAUGUACGUGACUCGCAAGAACUCACAUCAAGUGGUGGCGACUGCAGAUCUUGUGGAUGGACUUUACUGGCUUCGCACGACGCAGCGAUCGGCCAAUGCGACAUCAAGUGCAACCAGCUGUGCGAUCUACAUGCACGUAUGGGUCAUGCUCCAGUCGACGUGCUUCGCAAGAUGGUCUCCAACAACAUGA